UGGUCGCCAUGUAUUUUCCGGAUUGGAAAUUCUGGACAGUUUUCUGCGUUUUGUUUGCUUAUAAUACUUAUGUGCAAGGAAAUGCCCAUGAUCCUUGUCUUUCCGCUACAACGUGUGUUGCGUGCAUCCGAGUACCGAAUUGUGUUUGGUGUUCCCAUAAGACGACGUCACUCCAAGGCAACAAGAGUCAUCAAUGCCAACUGAGAGACUUAAUGACGUACUGUCCACCUGAGUCGCUGGUCGAUCCCAUUCCAGUACAGAACAUUCUUGUUGUCAAACAGGAUGAACUUAUUCAACUUCAUCCGCAACGAGUUUCUGUUACCAAUCUACGUCAAGGUCUGGUCCACAACUUUUCGAUGCAAUUCGAAGUUGUGAAAAAUUACCCAGCUGACUUAUACUACUUGAUGGAUGUAUCGCAUUCCAUGCUUGACGAUAAGAAUAACCUAAUGCGAUUGGCACCAUCGCUGGUGGAAACCAUGCGAAAUAUUACACCAGCGUUCCAAUUUGGAUUCGGCUCAUUUGUUAACAAAAAUGUUAUCCCGUUUGUUGAAAAAACUACUGCGAGCUGCGACCCAAGAUCACAUCCUGAAAUCGGUUGUCCUGUAACCUAUUCGUUUCGCCAUCAAUUGUCGAUGAGCGCCGAUGUCAACAAAUUUACUGAAACUGUAAAUUCAACAAGUAUUGUGUCAACUUUUGACGUACCGGAAGGGGGUUUUGAUGCUCUUCUUCAGGCCAUGGUAUGCAAAGAUCGAAUCGGCUGGAGGGAAAAAUCUCGACGCUUGAUCGUGUUUGCGACUGAUGCACACUCUCAUCUUGCCGGAAACGGAAGGUUAGGAGGCAUUAUCCAGCCCAACGAUGGCUUAUGCCACCUUGAUCCAGACAACACGUAUAUAGAAGCCCUAAACCAGGAUUAUCCAUCUCUUGGUCAAAUCAGCCGGUUUGCAAAGGACAACGACAUAAAUAUAAUCUUUGCCGUGACAAACGAUGUUAAAUCUAGUUACCAAGAGUUUAGCAAGUUUGUUCCCGGUUCAUCUGUUGCUAAUCUUGACCCAGAUUCAGAAAAUAUAGUGGAGCUGGUUCGCGAAACGUACGAGAAAAUUUCUUUGUCAGUUGAAAUGAUUGACACAUCGGGCCCAGAAGUGAGAGUGCGUUACUAUACAGCUUGCACCGGAACCUUGGUACAGGAAAAUAAUAAAUGUGAAGGACUCAAAGUUGGAGAUAUUGUUAACUUUACAAUAAGCAUAGAAGCAAUUGAAUGCCCAGCAAACGUUUCUGCCCGUACACCAAUCAUACAAAUCAAGCCAGUUGGCGUGAACGAAGUUCUGACAUUGGACCUCGAAAUCGUGUGCGAUUGUGCCUGCGAGAAACCUGGUGGCCCCGGUUUUGUAGCAAAUGCGACCGAAUGUAAUUCCUCAGGUGACUUGAAAUGUGGCGUAUGCGAAUGCGACAGCUCGCACAGCGGAAGUCAUUGCGAAUGUCGAGGGAACGAAAAUAUUGUUGAGUUGGAGACGAAAUGCAAACCUGACAAUGCGACAAAAAUUCUUUGCAGCGGCCGGGGUGACUGCUUUUGCGGUAAGUGCCAAUGUCAUAAGCGUCCUAACUCGAUGGAGGAAAUUAGUGGGACUUACUGCGAGUGCGAUGAUUUUUCGUGCGAUCGUUUUGACGGAAAUCUUUGCGCCGGCCAUGGUUCUUGCAAUUGCGGUCAAUGCUUAUGUAACGCUGGAUGGCAAGGAAGUGACUGCAACUGUAAGACAACGAACGAAACUUGCAUCCCGAUUGGUGGCGGAGACGUGUGUUCAGGUAAUGGUGUUUGCAAUUGCGGCAGCUGCCAAUGUUCAGCUACCUCGAACGGGAGAUAUUGUGAAAACUGUCCGACGUGUCCUAGCAGGUGUGACGAAUUUACACCCUGCGUUCAGUGUAAAGUCUUUCAGACUGGACCUUACUCGGCUGACAAUGAAGCAGUUUGCAAUAGCGAAUGCACGUAUUCCAUCGAAACGCAAGAGACAGUUCAAGUGGAAGAGACAUCCGAAAGAGAAUGUUCUUACGAAAACGAGCAAAAAUGUACGAUAAAUUUCGUUUAUGGUUUCGAUUCGAAUGGUGCUAGACAAGUCCGCGUCCAACAAGAACCUAUUUGUCCUCCACCAAUUCCUGUACUGGCUGUAGGAUUCGGAUUAGCUGGAGCUCUGAUUGCACUUUUGCUGCUUGCAUUGAUAUCCUAUCGUAUCGUCACCUAUAUUUACGAUAAAAGGGAAUAUGCACGGGUUCUAAAGGAGAGGGAAUGUGAACAGUUUGAAGACGAAACGCAAAAUGUAAAAUGGAAUGCCGGCAAUAAUCCUCUCUACGUUAACCCGUGGGUAACUUAAAAAUCCCACGUACAAGUUUUAAAUCUACUUCUACAUAAUGUUCCCGUAAAAAAACUUUUUUAUCCAAAUCAAGGGCUGAUAUAAUAAUAAUUAUAUAUUUUGAAGUUAAGUGAAAACAAGGGAACAAUGAUAAAAUGUUAUUAAGAUAAAAACUUCUUAGACCCUACUUGGCAUACAGUACCUUAGUAUUUCGUAAGGAAUAGUUUUUUUAUUAAUAAUUGCCGAUGCCUGAUUGCCUUUACAUUUCGCCAAGCUAGUAUAUUUGAAAAAAAAAUAUUUCAAGCGGCGC